GAUGGCGAAGCCGAAGGGCAGGAGGCAGCCAACUGGUGGUGUAGUUGGACGCCCUUCCAAGUCGGACAAGAGAGCCAAGACAGCAGCAGCGAGAGGUGCGUUGGCCCAGGAGAGACUCCAAGCUGAGCUCGAGCAGCAACGUGCAGCGCUCGCGGCGGACAGAGCAGAGAUGGCGCAGAGGGAGCAAGCGCUCAGAGCGAAGGAGGCUGCGUUCGCCAAGAAGGAGCAAGAAAUGGCGCGCGCCGCUGCACAGCGGGAAAAGCGUGAGCAGCAGGAGGUUGAGCGCGUCCAAGCAGCAGCUGCUGCUGCGGCGGAGAAGGUUGCUCAGGGCCUGGACUACAUGGACACAUCUGUGCACGAGGUGAAGCCGAAGAAGGGCGAGGUCUGGACCCAGUUGCAGUCAAGGAUGGUCCUCAUGCUACUCUUCGACCUCCGCAAGGAAGGUUGCUCUGAGAAGGAGGCGGUGUUGAAGGUCAGUACACAGCAGUGA